GUGGUUAGCGAGUGUGUGUACUGCUCGGUAUUUACUGUCUGUACACAGAGAGAUGAAAAGAGUUCCUACCACCGGCUCCAAAGUUCCAGUUUCACGCAGAAGUCGUCGAUCAAAGAAACGACGACGACGGAGCCUCUCAAAACGGCGUGGGGCGAGUGUGAGUGCACUGGUUGAGAAGUACUGGCUUCAACGUAACGAUUUGUUCUCGAGGUACGAUGAGGGAAUCAAAAUGGACGAAGAGGGAUGGUUUUCCGUUACGCCUGAAGAGAUUGCCGUCGGGCACGCCCACCGGAGUGGGGGCGGCGUCGUCAUAGAUUGCUUCGCCGGCGUCGGUGGCAACGCCAUUCAAUUCGCUAAAAUGUGUUGUCAUGUUGUUGCUAUCGACAUUGAUCCUCGAAAGAUUGAACUUGCAGUUAACAAUGCAAAGAUAUAUGGUGUGGAAGAUUAUAUUGAUUUCAUUGUCGGAGACUUUUUCCAACUUGCACCUUCCCUGAAGGGAGAUGUAGCAUUUCUCUCACCACCGUGGGGGGGUCCCUCAUAUAAAUCAUUUGGCAAUUAUACCCUCGAUUUACUGAAGCCAAUAGAUGGGUAUUCAUUGUUUCAAGUUGCACAAAAUAUAACAUCUAACAUCAUUAUGUUCUUACCUCGAAAUGUGAACAUACACCAAGUGGAAGAACUUUCUUGGCUGUCUUCCCCUCCUCUAAAUGUUGAGAUUGAAGAAAGUUAUGUUGGGAGUAGUUUAAAGGGCACGACUGUCUAUUUUGGUGAAGCUGCAUUUGAGCAAAACUUAGAUUAUUCUAAAAUUAGUCAAGCUGAAGCCUUCUGUUGAUCAACUCAACGUGUCUCCAUCACAUACCAUGUAAGAGGAAGGAAGGAGGAUGUGGAGGUGAGUGACCUUAAACACCUUAUAACGCUGCUACUAGAAAGAAUUAGCUGAAGGGUUGGUUGUGAAACUUUAAGGUGCAUUUGUUGAAUAUGGCUGGGUUUAUUUUAUUUUUGUCAGUUGGAUUAACUCCUGUAUAUUCAAUGAAACCUAGUAGAUGGGAGUUAUGUAAAUUAAUUACUGGAUUGAGUUAAUCCGAGCGGUUUUCAAUUGUUUGGAUUCCGCUAGAUCAAUCUUGUUUCUUGUACAGAUUUGGAACAUUCUCAAAUAAGAAUCUAUUUAUUGUA